AUGACGACGAUCAGGGAGGGACCGAGCAUCCGCGCCUCUCUGUUCCCCGAAGCUGCGCGCGUGUCGGUGAACGCGGGAGCCCCGCGUGUGCAGGGGGAGAGCCCGUGGCCGCCCCCCGCCCCGGAGCGGCUCGGAAUGGGCGGGGGGCUCCGGCCGGGGCUGCCCCUGCCCCGCUCCGGCGGGGAGCGUGCGGGGACAGGGCGGGAAGGCGUCGCCGGGAUCCCGGCGCCGGGCGGAGCGGCCGUCGGGCACCCCCGCUCCCCGCCCCGCAUCCCCGCCGGGCCGAAGCGGAGCCGCGGCCCCAAACACGCUCCCUGCCCCGGCAGAAGGUCGGUGGGGGAAGGCGCCCCGCGUUUCCCACCCCCUUCCCCGGUGGUGCCCGGUGGCGGCAGGUCCAGCAAACAAAAAGUGUGUGUCUGCGUGCCAGCCCCUCACUGCACCGGGUCCGUCUGCACCGCGCGCCUCCCGCUCCGCCGCCCGCACGGCCCGGCCCGGCAUGGAGCGGCGCUGAGAGCCCGAGGCAGCCAGCCCGAAGCCGCCUUUGUGCCACUGUCGGGGCGAGGAUUAUCCCCACCGUCCCUGGUGAGUACCGGCGGAGGGGCCCCGCCGCCCCGGAGCGGGAACAAUGCCGGGGAUGGCCGUGCUGCCGGCGGGCCUGCCCGGGCUGCGGGGACCGGCGGGGGAGCCUCCGGGAGCGGCCCCGGCGCCGCCCGGCCCGGACAAAGGGCGGCCGGGGGGAGGCAGCGCCGGGGGGCCGGGGGCGGCCCGGGGAGCCGGGGAGAUGCGGCCCCGUGGGGAGCCGUAAGGGGCUCGCCGCCGCCGGGAGGAAAGUUCGGCGGGGGCCCCUCGCCGCCGGUGGUUUCGUUUGGCGAAAUCGUUCCUUCGGGGAAGGGAUGCGCCGGGCAGCGGCGGAACGGGGAGGGCGCCGGGGAGGCGGCCGGAGCGCCUUCCCCCCCGGCCUCCGUUCCCGGGGAGGGGCCGGGACCCCCGCCGCCGCUCUGGGAGGGGGUGAAGUUCCCGGCGGUGCGGGUCGUACCCCGAAAUCGCGAGGGGAGCGGCGGCUCGGCGGAGCCCUGCCCGGUGCGAGCGGCGGCAGCCGUCAGCAGGCGCACCGGGAGGAGCACCGGUCUUUUCCCGAGCCAGCCCCAAAUGACGGAUUUCGAUGGCAGAUGGGGCGGGGGGAGGCAGCCGUGCGCUAAUCUGGUCGGGAAGGGCGAGGGCACCGCAGCCGGGCGCGAUGCUCCCUCCCCGGCCUCAGCGGCGCCGCCGGCCCCGCACCCUGCCCGCUGCCCGCGCCCCGCCAGCUGCCCGCCGCCCGCAUCCCUCCCCUCGUAA